AUGAACGACUUAAGAUCUACUCAAACUGCUCAUCAUUCUAGUGGAAAGGUUUUUAUUGAAAAAGAUCUUUAUUCCUCGGAUCAGGUUUUCGUCAGAAAUUCCAUGAUUUGUAAACCAUUGCAGGCUCCAUACGAAGGUCCAUUCACUGUUCUUAAGCGUUUCGAUAAAUAUUUUGUCGUGGAUGUUAAGGGAAGGAAAGUGAAUAUCUCGGUGGAUCGCCUCAAAGCAGCCUUCAGUGAACAAUAUUUUAAGGAACAAGAAGUUAAGCCUUUAGUCACUGACAAGAACGAUCAUAAGACAUACACUUCGCGUUAUGGUCGCAAGGUUGUACAAAAGUUUAUACCAAAAGUUCACACCUCAAGGCACAUCAAAGAAUCCACACAGCGAAAUUAUGCAAAUGUUCAAAAGCGCAUAAAUUACGACUAA